GGCAUAAAAAGCAGAGCCGGAUACGCAGAAGGGAAACCUGUAGAGCACCAAGUGCAGCAUGAUCACUAGCAGGAGCGCACGGCUGUGGAUUCCUGGGCAAUAAGCCCUCGCUCUACCAUGCCUGGCCUAAUCCCACAACCUCUCCCAACACAUUUCAACAUGGACAGAGACGACUGCAGGAGGAACAAGACCUUAGGAAAGAACCUCAUGUGCCGACUACAGUGUGUGUUCACCAGUUCAUCUGCUCCUGAAAGGCUAAGUUUAGAAGACACCCAACAAUGGUCCCAGUCUCUGGAGCGACUCCUUGGUUCCAAAUAUGGCUUGGCCACAUUCCGCACCUUUCUGAAAUCGGAGUUCAGCGACGAGAACAUCGAAUUCUGGUUGACGUGUGAGGACUACAAGAAGAUAACGUCGUCCUUUAAGAUGAGCUCGAAGGCGAGAAAAAUCUUCGAGCAAUUUGUCGAAGCAGAAUCUCCGAAGGAGAUAAACAUCGACUAUCAAACACGGGAGGAAAUCAAGAGGAAAGUGAAGAGUCCGACGCCGCAGUGUUUCGAUGAGGCUCAAAAGAUCGUUUACGGACUGAUGGAACGCGACUCUUACCCCAGAUUUCUAAGGUCUGAGAUGUACAAGACCCUUCUUGAGUCCCUCGCAACAGACAAUGCCCAAAGAUGACUCUAUGGAUAUAUCACACCAAAGCUAAAACUUGAACGGUCUGGUCUUGUAUGCAGGACCAGAACCCUAAAGCUUGCGCCCCCACCAUUUGGAUCAGACCCCAAAAGACCUCUGAAACUAUAAGGAGACAAUAUGGAGCAAUGGUUGGGAAUGUGCUAUUGAUAUCAAUGUCCAACAUGUUACCGAAGCGCCAUGAGUGCUUCUUAACUGAAGGUGCUUCCUGUGUAGAUAAGGACGCAGCUCCUUCAAGCCCUUCCGGUGGUUUCUGAAGCUACAGUGUGGGCACGACACUAUUUUCUUUUCCUGGCACUUCCAGAGGAUCUUUAAGAACUGCUUUACCAUGUCCUACAAUGACUUUAGUAACGAAAAGCUACCUCAGCCUAUUGGCUGAGUUGGUUUGGACACUUUUGUGAGAGGAACUUAACAUAUCCUAUUUCAACAUCGGUGCCUUAUUGCCACACAGAUGUAUAAAAUUUAAAGAAAGUGUGACUUUAUUACCUACUUGAGAGGUCAAGUAAAUGAAAUGAAAAAUAAAUAAAAAUACAUAUAAUAUAAGAACAGUUGUAGCAUGUGUGCCACACACAAAAACUGUAGGCAUUACUUGUAAUGUUAUAAAGUUUAAUUUAAUUAUUGAUGUUUUUUUAUUUAUUAGCCACAGCCACUGGUUGGAUGUUGACUUUUGUUCUGUCCAAUGUUAUUUUUGAGGACAGUAAAAUAAAGAUUAGUCACUGUUGAA